UGGAUACGUGUACCUUUUUUGAAAGUGAGUACGUACGUGAUUGAGGGAGAGUAAAGUUAGGAGCAAAGGGACGGGCGAGGAAAAACAACAGUGCAUUUGCUGCGGACACGGGCUUUGGCAGCCAUUCAAUGACCCACCAGACGCUCAUCUCUUCCGCCCCUGCCUUUUCCUCUGCUUCCCACCUCCUCCACGCCUCCUCUCCAUCCCCGCCUACCCUUUUCCGCCGCUCCUCCUCUGCAGCCGCCUCCGUCAUGUCGUCUUUCGCGCACCAUCACGGCUCGCUGGUGGAGAAGGAGGGGAAGAUGGCCGCGCUGAGGAGUAGCCUCAGGCCGUGCGAGGCAGCCGAGGAUAUGGCGGCCGCCGUGGCCGUCGGGCCGGCGGCGUGGGGAGCGGGGCUGCUGGGGGACGGGUUCUUGGUUGAAGACCUCCUUGACCUCGAGGACCUCUGCGAGGUGGACAAGGAAGGCGGCGGCGUGUUCCCCGAGGCGGCGCCCGCAGCGGACGAAGAGAAGUCCGGCGACGACCACUCCCACGGGUCGUCCGUGGUCUCCUACGAGCUCCUGCCGCUCCUGCCGCCGGAGAUGGACAUGGACCUGCCGGCCCACGACGCGGAGGAGCUGGAGUGGGUGUCCCGAAUCAUGGACGACUCGCUCGCGGAGCUCCCGCCGCAGCCGCAGCUCCCAGCGGCGCCGUCGGCAGCGUGGCAGCAUCGGCCGCGGCCGCGGGAAGCGGCGGCGUCAUCCGCGCCCGCGGACCCUAUGCGGACGCCGACCAUAUGCGCGCUCUCGACGGAAGCGUCGGUGCCGGUGAAGGCGAAGCGCAGCAAGCGCUCGCGCGCCACCGUGUGGUCGCUCUCGGGAGCCUCCUUAUCCGACUCAGCGUCGUCGUCCACAACCACGGCGUCCUCCUCUGGCUCCUCGUCGACAUCCCUCUCGUCCUUCCUACUGGACUCGCCCGCCUUCGCCGCCGGCUCCAGCCUCAAGAAGAAGUCCAAGCACGGGAAGCAGCACAAGCCCAAGAAGCGCGGGCGCAAGCCAAAGCACCUCGCCUCCUCGCCGUUCCUCGCCUCGGUGCCCGUCCCGGGCGACCGCCGCUGCAGCCACUGCGGCGUGCAGAAGACGCCCCAAUGGCGGGCCGGGCCGGAGGGGGCCAAGACGCUGUGCAACGCCUGCGGCGUCCGGUACAAGUCGGGCCGCCUCCUCCCGGAGUACCGCCCGGCCUGCAGCCCCACCUUCGUCGGCACCAUUCACUCCAACUCCCACCGCAAGGUGCUCGAGAUGCGCCGCAAGAAGGACCCCGUCGUCGGGUUCGAGGCCGCCGCGCCAACGGCCGUCGCAUCGUUCUAGAGCCUCAGCGGCGGGGGUGUACAUUUUCUUUUACGGCAGUAUCGUCUUUUAGUCUGUUGUACCGUACCUGGAUUUUUUUUUUUAAAAUUCGGUCAGCUAUUUUAGUUGUUGUGCUACUGCUAGAAGAAUUCAGCAAGUAGAAGCAGAUUAGGUCGUGUUAGGUGCAGGGAGGAUUACUAAGCUUUUUCGAUGAUUAUUAUUAGGUCUAGUUUGUUAGGGUAUUGCCAAUUUGCCAUAGCAGUGGCUUUUAGUAGCAGGGAAGAACUUGAGCUCUUCGCAAGAAAGCUUUUCGAAGUAGUUCGGCGGCCUCCUACGAGGUUGAAUCGUUGAGACUCCGGAGGCAGAAAUGGCAAUGUCCAUGGUCGGUCAUCUCUGGUGUGAAUCAUGAAACUAGCCGUCUUGUUUCUUUCGGUUUCGUUCAGAAGAAUACUCUGUCCGGUA